AUGGCUUCAUUGAAAGCGGCGCGUUGCGCCAUGACGCCUGGCUUGCGCCAAUUCGUCGGUUUCUCAUCAGCAAGGCCACUCACUGCCUCUCUUCGCCCACACCUUAUCCCGAAACAGACUAUCGGUGCCAGAAACUUCAGCGUGGGCGCCUUCGUCAACAGCAGCGUUGAAGCUACCGCGCAAGCUGUCGUCUCGCUGCACUCGAUGAACGCGACGGGAAACUGGACAGGCACCAUCGUCUUUUCGGCCUUGAUUGUCGCUUUAGCCAGAAUGCCACUUCAGAUGGUCGCUAGACGCAUCAUUCGCCAACAGAGAAGAGUCCCACCCUUUGAAUAUGCCUGGCGACACGAAGUUCAGGGGACCCGUCUCUCACGGAGUAUACAAGUGGCUCAGAUUCGGAAAAGAUUACUCAAGGAGCGAGGGUGCCAGGAUUGGAAGACUUGGGCGCCAGCACUCGGCGUCCCCGUGUGGUACUUAAUGUCCGAGGCUCUGAGGCGUCUUUGUGGUUCCCAUGGCGGAAUCCUGUCCUUGCUUACUGGUAACUACAAGGACAAUGAGACUUCAGCCAGUGUCGCCUCAGCUUCUGUGUCGGAACAGGCAUCAACAGCAGCAUCGUCGUCCACCGAGGCCGUAUCUAGCAGUCUGGACUCCCUGAGCUCGGUUGCGGAAGAAAUGGCAAAUGGCGGCAUAUUGUGGUUUACCGACCUCACGGUAGCUGAUCCAACACUAUUGUUGCCUGUAAUGUUGAUGGGCACCCUUGGCUGGUCAAUGUUCCCUACAGGCAAGAUGAGAAAUCACGUUUUCGACAUUGGAAAGUCUCAGGAGUUCAUGCCCCCAGGGUUGAAAUGGCGAGUUCGUCUUCGCAGGGGUCUGCUGGUCACGGCCAUCCUUAUCCCCGCGGUUUGUCUCAACUUGCCAGCAGGCAUUUUUGUCUACUGGAUUUCAUCAAUGUUAUUCGGCCAGAUCUCUGGCAAGAUCAUGGAGAAGCUUUACGGCAAAGAGCACGUGUUUCAGCCGGCUCCUGUAACAGAGCGCUUCAGCUUGCGGAGCUGGUAG